AAAAAUUUAGAGGAUCGGUCGGACCUGGACCGCAUGGAAAAUGUCGCCGUCAUCCAGGCCGACGUCGAAUUGAGACCUUUGCCCCUUGCGCGAGGUCGAAUAUUCCUGGCUUCCCUCUUUUGAAAGAAAAUGACACAGGAGACAACCCCUCCUGUCACCGGAUGACCCGACUCGGCAAGCACUGCCCACGCUGAACCGUAUAUCCAUCCGUUCACGCCCAUCCAAGCAACGGGCACGAGAGCCCCCCCUCAGACCUUCGAGUCCGGCACCAGGAGAGCACCUUUGACGCCUUGAGCUACUCGAGGCGCUUGCUCAGUCUCGACCACGCGUCUAUUUUCGGGCACUACAGUACUAUGAUCCUCCAGUGGUUCUAAACAAGCCGUUCAAUCUGUAUUCCCUACGCAGCAGCCUACCGCGGUCGCGGGUGUUUGCGCGAAUACCUCACAGACACACGUCAUGGAGCCGCGGUAGCAUCACUGGGGGCCGGGGGGCCACACGGGUGUAUUCCUCAGAUCAAGCCGUCGCCGUCGCCGCCACCGCCGCUCCCGAAACACCAUCUGAAUCCAAGCCUCAAGAAGACGCCCAAGACCUCCCGGACCAAGGGCGUUAUGACCCCUUCUCGAAGCGUCCCAGCCUCCGAAAGUUGCUCGACGACAUUGGCGAGCAGAGCCCGGAUGAGAUAGAUUCGAUUGCCAACAAGAAAGAAACCCCCAUAGGACUGACCUAUUCUACUGAUCCCAGAGGGCCGCGACCACUACCGCAGGAUGAAGAAUGCAGGCGUGUACACAUCUUAGGAUACGACCCACGCGCAUACUAUAUAGCCCACGAGCUGGCUGGAAACCCCCACCUCGACCCUGUCAAACUGCUUGUCCACAAAAGAAACGUCAUGAGGUCAUGGGAGCUGGAGGGUCAGCAAGUGAGCGUGUGGAAGGGGGUUGAGAGGAGCAGCCGCGGCCGAGGGCGCGCCGAAGCCGAGUGGAUAGGACGGGGCCGGAACGAACCCAGCAGCGAGCACAUCGACCAGUUGAUCGUAACCCUCGCCUGCGGUGUGACCAAGAACGCUCUCGAGAACAUCGUGCACAGGAUCGAUCAACGGACGACUAUAUGCCUGGUCCAGGAUGGGCUGGGGGUCGUGGAGCACUUGAAUGCAGCCCUCUUCCCAGACCCGACAACGCGGCCACACUACGUCCUGGGCCACAUGGCUGCCAGCCUCGGCUACAACAAGAAGUGGUUCUUUGGGGCCAAGGUGAGGGAAACCGGAAAGCUGUACCUGCACGCCGUGGAAAGGGGCAUAGAUCUGGACCCCGUAUUCAAGUUCCACCCGCCCAUAGAACGGCGGUCCAAUGCGACACAGUUUCUGCGCACUCUGGUGACGACACCUGGACUGCACGCGGGCGGGUAUAACCUGGAGAACUGGCUCAUCAAGAAACUCCCGGCACUGGUCUUCAACAGCGUCAUCGACCCGAUGGCUGUCAUACUCGACACGACGUACGACAACCUCCCGCGCAACGAGCACGCGAUCCAGCUCGCCGACGAGCUGCUGGACGAGCUGUUCAACGUGAUUAUGGCGCUGCCCGAGCUCACCAACUCGUCAAAGGUUGUGAAGCACUGCGGGCUAGGCGAGCUGCGCAAGAAGACCAUCAGGCGGCUCUGGGAGAAGGGCUCAUCGCAAAGCAACAUGCUCAGCCGCGUCCGAGCGGGUCAAUGGGUCGACAUCGACUACAUGAACGGCUAUUUCGUCAGGAGGGGCCAGGAACUAGGCAUCAGGGUCCCGCAGAACGAGAUGGUGGUUGACAUGGUCAAGGCGAGGAUAGCGGAGCGGAGGGAGGAGAUGAGCAGCAAGAUCCCUUUUGAGUCCGACGACGUUUCGAGACAGCCUGCCUUUUGAUGCCUGUUGAAGGCAAAGAUUUAUAUAACGAUUGGAUCAUCGGUCAUGCAUAGCGGGGACUUUGUUACGAAUGAAUGAAGGGACCAUUGCACGCGUAGUUUAAAGUGCCCCCCAUCGUAUUACACCUCUCAUGUCACAAGACGAAUAGCAGCACUUGAGAUAUUAUAAG